UGCGUUUUUUCAACAUCAGGUGGGAGAGUGAUUUCUUUUGAAUCAAUUGAACCCUAAUUCCUCUUCUCCCUGGAAUUCUUCAUUUCCAUGAGAGACUUUGAACACCGUCGUCGUUGCCAUCAUCAUCAACAGCAACUAUAAUCAAGAAACGACAUUCAAGUCCACAAAAGGAUCAAUAACUUCCAAGAAAUCGACACCAAUUUCCCAGUUCUCUUUUCUCUCUCUCUCUCUCCCUGUCAAGGUAGUGUGAAGAUGAGAUAUCCUGCAUUGAAGUUCAGGGGUCAAAUUUUGUAUAGCAGAACUUCUAUGGAGGUAGAAAAGGCUGCAAGGGAGCUUUUACAGAGUCUUAAAGUUAAAAAGGGUGUGUUGCCUGGAAAAACUGCAGUUAUGCAGAUAUGUGGGAACACCAGCCUUUGUCAUGCGAUGCAUAUUUUUCAUUCUGGAAUCACAAGUCUGCAGUUUCUUCUAGAGGAUUCUACACUUGUAAAAGUUGGUGUUGGCAUAAGCAGUGACUGUGCUGAGGUUCUUAGAGAUUAUAAUGUCUCAGUUAAAUCAGUGGAGGACCUUUCCUAUCAUGCAAAUCAAAAGCUUGGUAGAGAACCUAAAACUUGGGGUCUUCGCUCUAGCAAAGAUUCUUGUUUGCAAAGAGAAAUUCUAGUUAAGUUACCGAAACUUCACAGCUUCGAAAGCCCAACAGAAUCAGACUUGGAAACUGGGAAGCAGAUGUUUUAUCAAAAGAACAACCUACAAUAUGCUGCCACUGAUGCCAUGGUUUCUUGGAAACUAUACCAAGUGUUAAAGAGCCUCCCAGACGCAAAGGAUGCCCCACUGACCAUACAAGUGAGAAAGUUGAAUCAACAUAACUAUAGGACCACCAUCCGUACCUAGUUGGGCCUUAGAGCGGAAAAACUUGGCUACAUCUUGGAAAGCUUCGAAGAGAAAGAAGUGACAUGCAUGGACACAAGGGGUUAUAUUCUCCACUGAGAUCACCAAAUCACAGUAUCACACAGUACGUUCAAAAUGUAUUUCAAAAGCAAAAUCUUGAAUACUAUCAUGUGUCUUAAUCAUGGACCAUGGACCCCCUAAUUUCCCGGUUGAAAUCAAUGGGAAAAUCCAACAUCUCACAUGCCUGGCACAUGGUGCUAAAAGAGACACAAGGUGUUGGAAACCCUUUAUGCCCAUCACUCUCUUGUUCUCUAUGGAAAAAAUGAAAGUCAUGAAACCAUCAAAUUCAUCGGUUGAUUCAGUGACCUUUGCAGCCGUAAAGAUUUGCUGCUGUACUGUACACAAAUUUAUGGACAAGCAAAAAGUCUAAAAAACGAGGUUCCAGCAUGUAGUAAAAAGAGGAUUUGUUUGUCGCUCGUGGUAAGGUACUGUUGUCAAUUAUCUCUUUUCAUAGUUUUUUAAUCAUGUGUAAACUUUCCAUUCCGGCACUUGAGAUGAUUUGUCCCUUCUCUCAAGUGUAGCUGUCAAUUUUCUUCUUUUAAAUUAUCAUUGUUUUUCAUGUGUAACCAUUUCAGCAGUAAUUGAGAUGAAUUUGUCCUCUUUCCUCUGCCAUAA